AUGGGGCUCAGGCGCCCCACUGCCGCCGGCUGGCCGGCCUUGCCCAGGUCUUCUUGCAGCUUCAGGUGGCUGCGAAUCUGUUGGGCUUGUACCCCUGUCACCACCCCUCCCGUCCGAACUGGCCCCGGGCUCUGCAGGGUUUCCCAGGGCUGUGAGCCCCGCGUGCUGGUUUCUGUCCUCAGCGCCGUGGGGAAGACGUGCCUACUGAUCAGCUACACGACCAACGCCUUCCCUGGAGAAUACAUCCCCACCGUUUUUGACAACUAUUCGGCCAAUGUGAUGGUGGACGGGAAGCCGGUCAACUUGGGGCUGUGGGACACUGCUGGGCAGGAGGACUAUGACCGGCUGCGGCCACUCUCCUAUCCUCAAACUGAUGUCUUUUUGAUCUGCUUCUCCUUGGUGAGCCCAGCUUCCUUCGAGAAUGUUCGUGCCAAGUGGUACCCAGAGGUGCGGCACCACUGCCCCCACACACCCAUCCUGUUAGUGGGCACCAAGCUCGACCUCCGCGAUGACAAGGACACCAUUGAGCGGCUGCGGGACAAGAAGCUGGCACCCAUCACCUACCCACAGGGGCUGGCCAUGGCCCGAGAGAUUGGCUCUGUCAAGUACCUGGAGUGCUCGGCCCUGACCCAGCGGGGCCUGAAGACAGUGUUUGACGAGGCCAUCCGGGCAGUGCUCUGCCCACCUCCUGUGAAAAAGCCAGGCAAGAAGUGCACGGUCUUCUAGAGCCCCGGCCCUGGGCCAGGUCGGCGUCCGGGAGCAGCCCCUGGUCCAAACGUGCUGUCGUGUUGAGCUGUCUGGUGUCCGAGUCUGCUGUGGGGAGUGGCGGGGGAGGGGGACGCAUGGGGACAAGGCUGGGGUGAUGGGGUCCUGUCCCCUCUGCCUCCUCUUUCAGGGGUGCAGCUUCAGCCUUCCCGGGCACCCAUGGGAGGCCAGGAGGGAGCAGGGUCUCCCUCAGAGCUGCAGGGACAGGUCCAGGGCAGCCCCAGGAUGGGCUUCCCUGUUGGGAGGGUGGGGGGGUUCUGUUCAUCAGGUCCCGGGAAGGGGCAGCCCCGUUUUAUUUUAUACAGUAAACAUUCUUCACCGGUG